AAUAAAAAACCACCAAAUUUUUUUUAAUUUCCCUCGCUAUCUUCUUCUUAUUCUUCCUCUCUGUCUCACACAGAAACCCAUACUCUCUCUCCCUUCACAUUCAAACCCAUAUUCGGAAACCCCCAAACCCCAAACACAGAAACCCCAAUGGAGAGACCCAUACUCGGAAACCCCAAAACCCCACACGCAGAAACCCCAACGGAGAGACCCAAACCCAAACCUCAGUUAUAUAAGGAGUUGUUCUCUCUCCCUACACCUCUCCUCUGCAAUCCAACUCAAACCAGGUAUAUCUGUUCUUUUUGACUGAGAAAUUUGAAAAUCUAUGUUGGGUCGACUAGUUCUAGUUUUGGAGGUAUCAGAUUUCUGAGCAGAUGUGUGAACUUGGGAUAUGUUCACGACUAGACCAAGUAUUUGAUGCUCCUUUUGACGUCAGGGAGGUUUUAACUUCCCCAUGCUGAUUGGAUAAAUCAAUAUGAUUCAUAUGCUUUGUCCUUGAUUCGGCUAGAUAUUUCAUGAAUAGUUUAUUGGAUCAAAGAUACAAAGUUGGCAUUUCGCAUUUGAAAAUGUAUAUUGGGUCAAAGGAAACUGAUCUCAAGGUUGAUGAGGUCUCAAAACAUGGAAUUUUUUAUUGCUGGACUCCAGAGAAUCAUUACUGGUGGUCUAGAUCUAGAUAUGGGGGUCAUGUUUCUGCAACUGUAGAUACGGUGGUUCCAUCACGACUUUUUUUAUGUAAUGUUAAGGAAAUAGAGAGGCUCAAUGCUAAGAUAAUGGAGCUAGAAGAAGAUUUGACAUCCUUAGAAGGAAGUGUUCGAUCACUUCAGUCUGAGCAAAGGCGAAUAGAUGAUGAAGAUGCUAGACUUGAAAAAGAACAAGAGGAGAUCAUAAACAUUGCACAACAUGAAUUAAGGAAGCGACGUGAAAUGCAAAACCAUAUUGAUCAAAAGAAACAGAAAUUAAAAUCACUGGAGAAGGAAGACGACUUGGACACUCGUAUGGCCGGGCGAUGUUUUGAAGGGCGAUGUUUCUUUUUAGUUCUUGUUGUUUUGGUAUUUACUUGGGGACCUAUUAUUAUGUAAAAGAAUCUUUGAUACUUUUGUGAUUUAAUAUUUUAAGUGCUAACUAAUAAGAAACACAAAAACAAAGGGCUCAGUAAAUUCACUUUAUUUGAAA